AUGUUUGCCAUCAUUUUAAAUGUCUUUCUUUGCAUCCCCCCUGUCCAUUCAGUGUGGGCUUGUGUCCGUUCCUGUCCUGCCAGCUGUGUAUGCACCCAAGAGAGGAGUUGCUCCGUCCUGUGCGAUCGUGCUGGCCUCAUACAGAUCCCCAGUGAGUUUCCUUGUGAAGCCUCCUCUCUUAACCUGGAUAAAAAUAGCAUCAAAUUCCUCUCUGAGAGGGCAUUUGGUACUCUACCUUCCCUGAAAUCUCUUUCAUUAAAGCACAACAACAUCUCCUUCAUCACUCCUGGAGCUUUCAAAGGGCUAGCUAGCCUGACUGAGCUAAUAGUGGCCCAUAAUGAAUACAUUCGCUAUCUGCAUACUAGGACGUUUGUUUCACUCAAGAGAUUAAUUAGAUUGGAUUUAGCAGACUGCAACCUUUUCAACAUCCCAGACAGAAUUUUUAUUGAACUUCCAGCCCUUCAGGAACUCUUCUGUUUUCAGAACAACUUCCGUAGGAUUCCAGGAGCCAUAAGAGGGAUGGAGAAUUUGACCCACGUUUACUUGGAGAAAAAUAAGAUAGAAGCUGUAGCUUAUAAUUCUCUCCUGGGUUUGACCCGCUUAAAAUAUCUCAACCUCCAAGACAACAGAAUAAAUGUAAUUCAUGACAGAGCGUUUCAGGACUGCAAGCAAAUGGAGUACCUUUAUUUAAAUGACAAUCUCAUUAGUGACCUCCCAGAGAACUCAUUUGAUGGCCUGAAGCAACUGAAGAUGUUUAAUAUUGGUGGCAAUUUGCUCAGGAAUGUCUCAAAUACCUGGUUCCGGGAUCAGCUUGAACUGGAAGUUUUGUACUUGGACAGAAACCGGAUCAGCUAUAUUGAGGAAGGAGCUUUUGAAAAUCUCACAAGCUUGGUUUCUUUGCACUUAAAUAGCAACAACCUAACCACCUUGCCUUUCUCAGUUUUCCAACCUGUUUACUUCCUAGGAAGACUCUACCUUUUCCGAAAUCCUUGGGAGUGUGAUUGCAGGAUUGAGUGGCUGAAAGAGUGGAUGGAAAAUUACAGACUUGUCAGAGAUAUUCCUUGUUCCUCUCCAUCCUCUGUAGCUGGUCUAGACUUGACUGAUGUUUAUUUUGAGAGAACAUCUGAAGGUUUCUGUCUUGACCCAGAGGAAUUAAAUGUUACAUCUUACAGUCCUUUUCCUACUGGAGAAUUUCAGUCUACCACAGAGAACAGGUUCAACAGCCUUAUCUCCAAACUUUUACGCCAGAAGGGCCUUUCAGAAGAGGUGGUAAACACCACAGAAGCAUUCAGCAACACCACGUUGUUACAUGGAUUGACUAAUAAGGUGGCUUUAGGACUAGGGGAAUGUCAUGUCAAACUAAUAUAUAUAUUAACCAUUUUGAUAUGCAUUAUGGACAAAUAA